CGUAGCCAGAUAACACUGACAUCUUUUCUCUUCCUGACGGCCCGUAACAGCACAGUGUGUUGGUGAGCCGCCCGUGCAUGCGUCAAAUGCCCUUCCUCAUUCCUUACACCUCCAAACUUGAUUACACCGCGAUCGAAAACAACUGCUGAUGCAGACGGCUUCCUGCAAACGGAAGUUUCCUCUUGACCCUCCUCCACCUCAGGAACAUCCUCACAAAAGGCUUUCGCUCGGUAGCCCUCGCUCGUGGGAAGAGGAAUUCUUCGCCAAUUCCCCGGGCAUCCCAGACUGGAUUUGGGCGUCGGAUGUCGACAGAGAGCCUCUGCGGUUCCAUGAGACUCUGUUGGAACUAGUUCGCCCGUUUAACCAUCCUGUGCCAGACGCGCCUGCGCAAGUAUGGCUUGCACGAGGAGAAACCGGGUUCUAUGCUGUAAAAUUGUUUAAGCCAUACGCGGAUGACGAUGCAAAAGCACAAGCAGCACGCCUUUCCGAUCCCAAGCCGAGCCUACAGAAAGUACGACAUGAUUUCAGUCCCUUCGCCCUAGAAACGAGGGCUUAUGAGCGGAUCCGAAAAUUCUGCCCUGCAUCUCAACAAUCUUUCUUCCGGCGAUAUCAUGGAACCAUCGAAAUCCCCGCCUCUCCUCUCGGACGCUCCUCAGUCCGGACUUCGCGUCGCCAAGGCAUCGUGUUCGAUGUCCUGACGAUUGGACUUGAAGGUCGGCGUCUUCAUUCAGCGGGUGUCGUCGAUGACUCUGCACCGCAUGCUGAAGCAUUACGCACUGAGCUCGCGAAACUGGAUGUAUCUCCGUUUGAGAAGAAGUGGUAUUCAAGUGUACUGAAUGAUCGUCUGAGAAUGGCAAUGUCCGCCCAUGCGCUUGGCGUACUUCAUGGCGACAUCAAGCCCGAUUGUUUUGGUCUGCCAAACUCGCCGCACGACAUCGCUCUACACGACUUCAGUCGAGCCUACACUUUCACUCGAGAACGACCCUACGCGAUGAACGGCAUACUCCGGUUACGAACGUUCAAACAUGCCGUGGAGGUUGAACGUCGCAACAUUCGAAGUUGUGUUCUUGAAAUGGCAAAAUCCGCUCAUCUAUUCAAUCAUUUCAGACGACUGCUAGGGUUGACGGAGGAGGACACCCGUACUGUGCUGUCUUCUGCCAUUCCUCGUAGUCUAUUGGCGACCGAGCUUCCGCUCAUUGUUCUGUCUGUGGGGAUGACAGAUGAUGGUUUGUUCUCUUGAUAUUGUUCUCUAGGUCUAUUGGCUAAUGCUCUGCAGGGCCAUUCUUCCCUUCGCUUUCCUCAGUACUACCAUUUUUAGAACCAGCAUCAUCCGGACGGCCAGCCGCAUGGACAACAACCGUAGCGAAUCAUCUCGAACACUUUGUCUCAGCAUCUUGUUCCGAAGUGAAAGACAGCGGUGUUGCGUCAAUGGGCAGUAAGAUGGUGUCUCUUGUCGCUUUCACGGGUACUGUUAUCGAGCAACUUAGCCUUCUUUGCCCCAGACAGCUGACGACACACCCGGCCGCAACGUCUACCCUCGCACUUUUGCCGAGUGCUUGGCUUGAAAACUUGGACACUCGAAUUUUUUCCUGGGCCCUUUUCUGCUGUUCCUCGCUCUCAGGGGAUGCGAGGCAGGUGAGAGUGAUGGAUAGGGAACAACUCUAUGCUGAAAUGAAACGAUGUCAUUAAUCGGUGGUGUUCUCAAUACCGACUUUGUUAGCUCCUUCGAAUCGCCGGCUGCAUUGGAAGUUCCCAUUAUCCAACGCUCACGGCUUCUUCAACUUCCCCCCAGACGAUUUCUCAUGGCUAUCGUCUGGCCUCUUCCGUUUCUCCUUGCCCUGAACUUUCACAUCGAUAUCGAAUGACUCAUAGUGAUGGGACAGUUCUCGGCUUUCACUUGCCAGCCGAAUUAUAAAGUAAAGAGCGAUGUUAAUAGUCUCCUCCGAGCUUCCAUGAUCCCACGGGACUAUCUUCACCUCUAAUGCAGCCACAUCCUCAUCUUGUGGCUUUGGUCGGAAUGACAUCGCGCUAAAUGAGUCCGAAACGUCCGACACGUUGGUACUGGUGGACGUGUCCGACCGCACUCGUCGAUGGCUUUCCGGCAUGGUCUGCCUCGGUGGCCUGGAGGCCCUUUGUUUGGACGCCGGGGGUGAAAGUUUCACCCGGACAAGGACAACAAACUCGUCUGUCAGGAUGAAUCCAUAUCGCGUGCCGUAUACGGUACAAUAGUGCUGGAUUUGUUCAAAGGGUCGGACCAAGUGAGCAUCGGGCUGUUCCUCGUAGUCGCCAUCACCUACCAAGCGCAUCGCACGUCCAACGUCCCAGCCCACCUUGGUGUCCCCGCAGACGAGUGCUUGACAGAUGCGACUUGGAGAGGUGUAAUGGAUGUUGGACUCCCCAGCACCCCAAUCGGGUCGAACACCAGGAUAUGCGAUGAUUCGCGAUCCGGCAGAGAGAAACAAUGACCCAGGAAGAGCGCGAGAUACCAUGUUGAUAUUUGUGCUCCCAAGGAGCAUGGUCAGUGCUGUUUCGUCGUGAAUAACGCCAUGGGCAGCUUCCUCGGCGGCCUCCACAGUGCUGGUCAGCCUUGUGUCUGCGUCUAGAGACUGGCGAUAUCGCUUGGUGAGGCUCGCGUGGUCAAAGUCCUCCCAUCGUUUGAUUGCCUCGACUGGGGCCCAUCCUUCAUUCUGAGUAUAUGUAGGCGAUGCUGAAAUAUGGACCACCAAUUGUGCGUUAGGCUGGGUCAGGUAAUCGAAAAGAGUCUGGACCAUCUUCCACUGUAGACCAUGAAAGCAUUUGGCAAUAAGAGGCCGGGUCACGGUUUUGAGCGAUUGUAUCUACAGAUUACUUGUAGUUUUGUGUGCGACGAUCUCCCAUGUCGAGAGUAGGGACGCAUCACUCGCACCGAGUUCAACAUUACACACAUUUUGGUGAGGUUGUCGGCCUCGAAUGGAUACUGGCUACUACAUUGUCCCCGGGGGGGG